AUGUCCACUUUCCUGGACAAGUGCCCUGCCAAAGUCCUCAAGUCUACUGGCAUUGGGAAAGUGUUCCAGGAUGCCAUCUUCCCGUCCGUCCUCUUCCUCCCGAGUCUGACCCCGGAGGCAGAGUCUAUCCAGAUUAUGCAACCGGCGUACCGUGCUCUCAUUAUCUUGGCCGAGAAGGAUCCCGAUACCAGCAGUCCCACGCGGAGGUUGCUCCUGGAUAGCAUCAUCAGAGAAGGCAUACUUACGGCAUAUGACCAUGCAUCGAGUUAUAUUCACGUCGUGGAGACGCUCCUUCGCACCUUAGCGACAGUUGUUAACUGUCUUGGUGUCUACACUGUUAAACAUUUGCAGACACUCCUCCCCACCAUAUCAACCGUCAUGACCGACCCUUUUGUUGUCUCUCACCCACCUGCGCUUCUCGAGGCCACAAAGGCCCUGCAAGCCAUAUUGGCAAACUGCUGGCCUAGGAUAUGCCAAGGAGGAUAUGCAGACGAGGUGACGCGCAUCAUCGCAACUUGCUGGCUCAACAUACAGGAUGACGAGGUGGAUAGCCUAGUGCUCCCGGGGCUCCUGGGGGAGCUCAAAAAAUUGGCCUCCAUGUUACGGUCCAUACAACAUGCCCAGGGUGAUAAGACGGUACCACGAGUGGAAGAGAUCCUCAAGGCGGAGCCCAAGUUGAGGGAACUCUUUUCCACGACUCAGGCUGGUGCUACGUAA